CUCGGCGCCGCGCGGCUGCUCCUGCUCCUGCUCCUGCUCCUGCUCCUGGGCCCCGCCGGCCGCCGCGCCGCAGGGGCGCCCGUGGUCGCCGAGCUGCGCUGCCAGUGCUUGCAGACCUUGCAGGGCAUCCACCUCAGGAACAUCCAGAACGUCCAGGUGACGCCCUCGGGCCCCCACUGCGCCCGAACCGAGGUCGUAGCCACUCUCAAGGACGGACGGGAGGUGUGUCUCAACCCCGAGGCCCCGCUGGUCAAGAGAAUGAUCCAGAAGAUGCUGAGCAAGGCCUCGCAACCUGAGCUAGAGAGAAUGCAGCAGCCUACGGCCUAACCGCAGCAGCCUGAGUGCAACGGAAGCAAGAGAAGAGAGACAAAAACCUCCUGAGACCACCUGGACUGUUUAAUGCCAUUUGGUUAUUUCCUAUGAGUAUUCAUUAUUUUUUGACAUAUGUAUUUAUUUAUUUAUUUAUUUUCUCGAAGUUGACACAUAUUAACGUCCCAGCUCGUGGAUUUGCUGAUGUGCUGUGCUAUUAUUUCUAAAAGGUAUUUUUGAUGUUCCAUCAAAGUUGGUUCGGUUUUGUUAUUUAGUUUGUAGAUGAUAAGUCUUAAAUAUUCUUCGUUAAGUUCUGGGGGAGUGGUGGUGGGGGUAACCAUGCCGUAUGGUGAUUCACCAUGAUAAAGGCUGGAGAUAGUGUGGGAUCCAAGCAAAUAUAUCACUGUUAAGGUUGUGGAAUGUAUGCAUCUGUCUUUGUACUGUUGAGAACAAAGCCAGUUGUUAUUUAUUGAGACAGUUUCACAGUUAUGUGGUCAACAUUUCUGAUGUUGAAGCUUUAAAAACUCCAAUGUUUUAAAUAUCCCUUGGACAUUUUAUGUCUUCCAUGUAAGGCAUAAUGCCUUGUUUAGUGUUCAUUAUAUGGUAUUUCUCUAUAUCUUGGAAUAGAGAUGUUUAAAUAUUUAUUGAUGUAUUUUUACAAAGAGCAUGAAAAUAAAAGCUUUUUACAAAA